GAAAGGUACAUGCAAAACCAUGUCUGGGGUUGGAGGAUGGAGGGAAGGCAGCAGAUACAUGACAGCUACUGCCUCCAAUACUCCAUCUUCCUCUCAGGGUAACCCCUGGCAUGGCAACAGUGAAAUGGAGAAGAGUGAAAACUCUCAGAAGAUGACAGCAUCUGAAGAGAAACAAAGAGGCCAAGCAUCAGCCUACCAACAAAAGCAACCACAGCGUGUCGGCCCAUAUGUCUUGGUAACUCCAAAUGAAACCAGAAGGAAACAGUUGCAGCAAAUUGCUAAGAAAGAGCUCAAUGACCUGGAGCAAUGGAAGAAAGAACACAAGCCAGGGCCAAUUACGUUGGUGCCACAGAGACUGGGUGGAAGCAAAUCAGAGGCUCAAGUGAGACAAAACCAGCAAAUGAUUCUCAUGCAAUCUAAAUACCAGAAAAAGCACAAGAGAGAAGAGUACGUAAAAGCAAAAAAGGCAGCUGAAGAAGCUGAAAUCUUGAAAAAGAAAGCAACUCAGAGAGAAAAGGCAGAGAGACUUGAAGUUAAAAAAAGACAAGAAGAAAUUCAAAGAAGAGAGGUGCUUCUUGAAGAUCAAAAGUACAAAACCAAUGAAUUACUGAACAGAUUGGACGUGGGUUUGCCAAAGAGUGAUUCCUGUCAGAUUGCUAAACCUGGCCCCGAAUCUACAGCAUGGAAAAGAAGCCAUGCUUAUAAGCAAGCUCUUCGAGAGGAUGAAAACAGAAGAUUAGAGGAAAUGAAGCAAGAACAGCAGAGGAAGGCUGAAUUAAUGGAAUUUAAACAAAAGCAGGAAGAUGAAGCCAGGACAAGAGCACUUAAAAAUGAACAGAGGAGGGUAAAUAAUGCUUUCCUGGACCGGCUCCAGAACAAAAUACAGCCUAAUAACAUCUACCACCCUGAAUAUACUGGACUACAUCAAUAAUGGCACCUUGGAGUCAAACUACUUGGAAUAAAGGAGGAGCAAGGGUAUUGCAGAAAUAUUCACUUUUAUCUGGCCUAGGCCAAAUGACCUCAUAAAACCACCAAGAAACUGCUCUUUAUUGUGCUUCUUUUCUUACCCAGACUGCAGCUGCACACCCUCUUCAUGAGCAAUCUGUAGAGACUGGUUUCUAGCUGUCAUUAUUCAUGUAUGCAUAUUUGAAACAGCUGAUUAUGAAAGUCCUGUUUAAUUUUUAAUAAGGAUAUAUGUAUAAAUAUUUUUUUUUUUUCAUAAAUUGCUUUGCCUUUUGGAGAAUGUCAUUAUCCCAGUCUUUAUGAGCUCUGGAAAAGAAGAUAUAAGUGACUGCAGAAAUUGCAGUAAUAUAUAUGUUUACUUGCUGCUCUGUACCCAGAAAAAAACAUUUCAGAGACAAUCUGAAAAUGCAGGUAGAGACUUAUCUUUUGGGAAUGGAAGGAGAAAUGUUGCUGGGGUUUUGUUUGUUUGUUUUCUGUGCAUUUUUGUGGAAGUUCUGUGAAAUUAUUUCACUGUUGUACUCAACAGCAGACACUCAAGAAGAAAAAUGUGCAUUGUA